AUGUCUGAACCAUGGCUGAUGGUGCUGGUGGUGUUAGUGGCACAGGUUCCCAGUGCUAUGAAUGAUGGGCCGGGUGGAUGGGGGUCAGGUCCUCCUGCCCCGAGGGAGACGGGGAAACACCAGGCAGAGGGAAAGAUAGACUCCAUAUGGUGACAUCAGCGCCCAGGGUCAAAUGACCAGAUGUAUUAGCCUCUACCCUGUGGGGCCACAGUGGUGAAAUUACCUACCUAAAGAGCUCCCCCUAGAGGUCAAGGAAAUGAACUCUGGGGGGGGGGGGGGGGGGGGGGGACACAGCAAAUGUCAGGAGAAUAGAUACCAAGGGAAUAUUUUACAACCCAAGCACAGAGACUGCUUUUAGCUAUGAUUGUUGACUCAUAGGUUUUCAAUGGAAAACAAUGUCAGACUUUCAACUCCCUCCAAAGAUUUUCUAUGGGGUUGAGAUCUGGAGACUGGCUAGGCCACUCCAGGACCUUGAAAUGCUUCUUACGAAGCCACUCCUUCGUUGCCCGGGCGGUGUGUUUGGGAUCAUUGUCAUGCUGAAAGACCCAGCCAUGUUUCAUCUUCAAUGCCCUUGAUGAUGGAAGGAGGUUUUCACUCAAAACCUCACGAUACAUGGCCCCAUUCAUUCUUUCCUUUACACGGAUCAGUCGUCCUGGUCCCUUUGCAGAAAAACAGCCCCAAAGCAUGAUGUUUCCACCCCCAUGCUUCACAGUAGGUAUGGUGUUCUUUGGAUGCAACUAAGCAGUCUUUGUCCUCCAAACACGACGAGUUGAGUUUUUACCAAAAAGUUAUAUUUUGGUUUCAUCUGACCAUAUGACAUUCUCCAAAUCCUCUUCUGGAUCAUCCAAAUGCACUCUAGCAAACUUCAGACGGGCCUGGACAUGUACUGGCUUAAGCAGGGGGACACGUCUGAUACUGCAGGAUUUGAGUCCCUGGUGGCGUAGUGUGUUACUGAUGGUAGGCUUUGUUACUUUGGUCCCAGCUCUCUGCAGGUCAUUCACUAGGUCCCCCCGUGUGGUUCUGGGAUUUUUGCUCACCGUUCUUGUGAUCAUUUUGACCCCACGGGGUGAGAUCUUGCGUGGAGCCCCAGAUCGAGGGAGAUUAUCAGUGGUCUUGUAUGUCUUCCAUUUCCUAAUAAUUGCUCCCACAGUUGUUUUCUUCAAACCAAGCUGCUUACCUAUUGCAGAUUCAGUCUUCCCAGCCUGGUGCAGGUCUACAAUUUUGUUUCUGGUGUCCUUUGACAGCUCUUUGGUCUUGGCCAUAGUGGAGUUUGGAGUGUGACUGUUUGAGGUUGUGGACAGGUGUCUUUUAUACUGAAAACAAGUUCAAACAGGUGCCAUUAAUACAGGUAACGAGUGGAGGACAGAGGAGCCUCUUAAAGAAGAAGUUACAGGUCUGUGAGAUUAUGUGAGAGAGUGCAGUUGAACCUUGUAAUGUUUGCUCCGAUGACCAUUUAGUUCGUAUUUAGUCAUUUGUUAUAGUCCCAUUGUGUGGCUCGGGACAGGUCAGCAGUUUCAUGUGGUCUGGGCAGGGAAAGUGUCUCCUUUUUUCUCCCAUUGUUAUAAAACCAUUGGAAUCUGACCUUGCUCUGACCCCACUGUAAUCAUGUGUUAUAGAAAACACCAGGAAGGCUUUCUGCCUCUCUCCCUCCUCCCCUCCUCCUCUCCUCCUCUGAACCAGGGUGCAAACCAUUCAUUACCCGUGUUUGGUCACCAGAGAGAAAGAGAGGGGGAGAAAGAGGAGCAAAGAUAGGAUGAGAGGAGUAAAAAGAAAGAUUAUCGUAAUGGAAGUGCUUUGUUAAGAGUGCUUGGCCCUGAAUCAUACAUGAGCCUGUCUAAGUGGCUGUGAGUAAUUCAGCCAAUCAAGCGUCAUUAAUCCCAAAGACGAAUAGAGGUAGGAUUUGGGUGUCUUCAUUUUUAAACUUUAUUGGCUCAUCGCGUCACAUGAACAAAUGAACACAAGAACAACUGAAUUAACAAAUGAAGGUGUUGAUUUCUUAAUGAUGCUGUCAUCAGUUUUACAGCUAGAUUAUGUUAAUUAUCUUGUCGUCAGUUUUAAAGCUAGAGUUAUUUAUUUCCUUGUCUGCCACAUUUAUGUUCAUUGUAAGAGACUUUGAACGUAUCCUCAUUCGUCAUUGUUUUUGUGCAAACUCACAAAAGAACUCUGAGAAAACGCUGAUUUCCCAGUUGAGCUCCGUCUGUGAGUUGUCAAGCAUUACUCUAGCCUGAAGACAUUCACAAAAAUAUUGAAAACUCACACUUGAGGUGCUAAUGAGCUUCAGACUGAGACAUAUGUCUAGGCAUUAUGGUUCAAGAUUAUGGCUCAAUGUGGAUCGAUAUGAGGUACUAUCACUCUCAGUGUAUCUGUGGUGAACAUACUCUCUAGGAGGGCCAGAGUAAUCCUCUCUGCUGUCCCUGUUAGCUCAUCUGACAUAAAUCCUCCGCUCGUCAUGUUCAGAAAGGUGACCACUCCUCACCUCUCGGUCAGACGAAAAUCUGGCUAUCCCAGAGUGCCGCUGGCUGAGGAAGUGAUACUUACUGGUGGCUCCUGGGGUUUGGUCGCCCUCUGUCAGUUAUGGUAUAAUAAUAAUAUAAUAUGCCAUUUAGCAGAUGCUUUUAUCCAAAGCGACUUACAGUCAUGUGUGCAUACAUUUUUACGUAUGGGUGGUCCCGGGGAUCGAACCCACUACCCUGGCAUUACAAGCGCCAUGCCCUACCAAUUGAGCUACAGAAACUGAAACUGUGGCUGAUGGAAGCCCUGCUGUGUCUGCCUGGAGCCACAGCACUCAGCUGGAGCAUGAGAAAAGUGGGCCUUUGAGAGAGAAAACAAGGCUUCAGUUUCAUGUUUGACCAGGCUAUAACUAGGGAGAAAAAUAUGAGAAUAUAGCUGACGAAUCACACAGGUUGACACACUCUCACACACAAUAUAGGACACACAUGGAAUGCACACACACAGACACACAGACACACACACAGCCACACACCCACACACACUCCUCUGUGGCCCUCCAAACCCAGUAGUACAGUCACUAAUCCUGCAGCACAUUUGCAAUCCGUAUAAUGACAACCUGAUACCCCCAGCAGGACCCAGCCAACACACACCACCCUUUAUACGCCUCUUAAAGCCUGGAAAUGUACGUGUCAGUGGGAACAGCUGCACUGCCGUCCAACGCAGGCUCCUCUCUCACCUGACCCUGAAUCAGUUCUGAGUGCUCCUCUACCCCUGGAAAGGUUGUUAGGUGGGUGUAACAUCUGCUUCUUGGCCUGUGAGUCUCAGUCCUUACUUGAGAAACCUCCCACAGAGCCAGAGUGAGUUCACCCGUAUCGGAUCAUCAGUGCUCAGCAUGCACAGACACGGUCCCCUGCCUGUUCCCCCGGCCCCAGUGUGUCAAUGAACAGAGGUGGAGUAUUGAAGACAUCCGCAGUAUGUCAGUGAUACUGAGCCCGGGCCAUUAGCGACUCUGAGACGCGCUGGCCAACCUAACCUAAUCUGUCUCCACUAAAAGCAUCAGAAAUGCAACCGUGUAUGGUGCUUUUGGGAAUGUGUGUUUCCCAUCACUCCCCAGGAAUGAAUACCAGGCAUACCUGGCAAUCUGAAGUGUCUCUGUCUUUCAGAACACAUCUAGUUGCAUUUUCUCUAGUGUAGGACUCUAGUUCACAUACUUUUAGUGUGUCUUAUGUUAUUCCCCUUUUUGAAGUGAUCACUGACCUGACAUGAUACAGCAGGUGAGCGUUACACAAUGAAGCCCUUGCGAAUACCUAUCCAAUAGUAUUAGAUCAGUGAUGACAUCAACACCGGUAGAAUCAUGGAAAUGCAUGUUUGUAUCAAUACUAUUAGACCUCCUGAAGAAUAUUACUCCAUAACCUUUCUGCUUUCCUUCCAGGUUCUACCGGGGUGACUACCACAUCGACGUGUGUAUAAACGACUACCUGGAUGUUUUCUGUCCCCACUACCUGGUCUCUGUCCCCGAGGAGCGGACAGAGCACUACGUCCUCUACAUGGUCAACUAUGACGGCUACAGCUCCUGUGACCACACUGCCAAGGGCUUCAAACGCUGGGAGUGUAACAGGCCCCACUCCCCCAACGGACCCUUGAAGUUCUCAGAGAAGUUCCAGCUCUUCACCCCCUUCUCUCUGGGUUUUGAGUUCCGCCCCGGCAGAGAGUACUACUACAUCUGUGAGUAAUAGUAAUCUUUAUGGUAAUUUAGCACAUGCUUAUAUUCAAAUAAACGUAAUGUUAACAAAAGCAUUCAGUAUAAAGUAUGGCCCAUGCGGGAAUCAAACCCACAACUCUGCUGGUGCAAGCACCAUGCUGCAACACAUUGCGUUAUCAGGGCCAUGUAUGCAUGAAUACCACUCAUUUACAUAUCAUACAAAAACACUGUUGGUACCACAGUACAAUGAAAUGUGAUACAGGAAUGCUUUGCUUAAAGGCAGAGAGAGUGCUACCCCAGUUUUCCUGCAUGGCAUGGACAUUUAUGAUAUCAGUGAAGAGUUAUUAUGUUGUGAGCUCAGGCUACUAGGGCAAAAUGCAACAUACUUAGAUGAUUCAAGGGUAUGAUGUGAGUCCAAGCAUGGAACUGACUGCGGCGGGAAAAACAAUAGCAAAGUAGAACUUUGUUUUGCAAGUCCUGGCAAAGAGGUUCCAAACCAAACAUUUGCCUGAGGGAAAACAUCUCCAUUCUUGUGGUCUCAGUCUGAAGAGUCUUUGUUACAAACUCACCAGGCUCAACUUUCUACUGCUCGUGAGAAGGCCUCUGGAACACAAGCAUCUGAAGCUCUGUUUUUACAAGUGGAGUCGGAGCCCUACAGGGCAGAGAUCUGAGACUAAAGAAGAGACAGCACCGGGCGGCCUGCUAGGCUACAGUAUGUCUGAUUCCCCUUACAGAGAUGGCUUCAGUUAGUCCUACUCCACAGUAGCCUCGGCCUCAGCCGCACGCCUCACACCGACGUCGUGUGAUUUAGGAGAAAGCUUCCUGACGAAUCGGCAGUCCUUAAAGGUCACAUGAUAUGCUGACCUGCCCAAUCUCCUAGGAUGUUAUUCUACUGGAUUGGAUGGAUUGGAUAAAGGAUGGUGUGGGGCAGGUAAUGGACUUCAGGCUCUCAGGCUCUGUUUAAUGUGCAAAUAGGAGAGCCAAGAUGGAGUCAAAACAGCCAUAAGUAUAUAUUGCCACACUGGCUUUUACAGUGAAAUUGGGGUAGAGAGAAAGAGAAAAAGAGACAGGCCACAUGGCCUAAAGGCCUUUCCCUCCUUGUGGUUGUUUUUCACCCAGAACACGUCACCAGUGAGGAGGAUAAAUCUAACGAAGAGGCGGAUACGUAAUCACACCCCGGGGAACAUACCGAGGUGUACACUAACCUGCUCCAACAUCCUCUCAACUCUUGUCCCUCUAUGUAGUUCCAGAAAAGCUGGAUAUCUCACAGUAAACCAUGUGAUAUCAGUUUCAGUAUCACAUUGCAUGUGUCUGAUCUGUCAAGUAUAACUAAAGAGUUACAUUGUUAGAUGAUACUAGCACAUGUUGUAACACUACUGGACAAUAGAGCUGUGAACUUACAGCAAGUAAGUCAAAUGUUUGGGGGUUGACAUGUGCUGGUGUCAACGACUCAGUGCAGAGGACAGACAGACACCCCUUUGUCCCCCCCUGUGGACAGUUAACCCCCCAGGCGACGAGAGGAGAGGAAUGGGUGCGCUGGGACAUGGGGUGGGUUAAAUCAAAUGGAUGACACCUGCGGUUGGCCCUGGGUCUGUCCGUCCGUCUGGCAGACAGAUGCCUGCAGGAAGCCAUCAGGGGGAUCAGAGGGGGCGGCCUGGGGGGGUCAAAGUUCAGCAUGUCCUGAUGGCUGGAUGUGAACCCGGGCUUCUCCCAGGCUAAGGCUGCAUGUUUUUCUAAAAGAGCCUAUAGGGAAGUGUGAUCCAAAUCUCAGGGGAUAGAAAUCCAAUUUUCUGGGGAGACAGUUGAGAGUCUGUCUCUCCCUGUGUGACUGGGGCUGACUGUCUGCUGUAAAGCUUCAAAAGCCCAGGUCCUGCUCCGUACACAGUCUGAAGAUCUACAUAGAUAAUGAGAUGAACCCUGUUCAAUAGUGUGUUUGUUCCACUGGGUUUUGCUUUGUUCUGACAGAUAAAAACUGAUCACAAGGGAAUCAUCUGAUUCCAUCGUAUUCAUAUCAGAUCUCCAGUUCAUCUCGGGUCUAUACCCAGAGUUAAGUUACACGGCAUCUGAGCACCUAGCUUGUGUCUGGUCAUGUGUGUGUCUGGUGGUGUGUGUUUGUUCGGGAGUGUCUGCAUGUGUAUAGUGUGCGUGCAUGUGUGAGACGUUUAUGGGACGGUGUGUGUUCAUGAGAGGACGUUUUCUGGGUUCGUACUUUAUGUUUAUACUCUAUGAGUGUCUGCAUGAGGUUUACUGCCUUCCAGUCUGUCUACUCUGCCCUGCUAGUCUCCUCCACUGGGAUGCAUGGCAUGACUAACCAGGGAUCCAGUGUCGCAGUGCGUGAGACAUGGUCGUAGAAAACCAGCUCACGGCUGUGUGGUGUAUUGUGGAGCCCAGGCUCUGUCUGUCUGUCUGACUGACUGGGAAUAGAAAGGGAGCUAGUGCAGUCUGGUCUGAGUGCCUGCCACUGUAGGGGUGUGAGGUAAGUUACACGAUACUCGCUGACACAGACAGAAGAGCCAUGAUUGACACCACACUGCCAAUAUAACUCUCUUCAUCAAGUUCUAAAGGCAAUUUUUAUCAUGUUUCAUAGCCAUGCUAAGUGUUUUAAAAUGGGAACCCCAGUCUACAGUCUCUCUCUCUCUCUCUCUCUCUCUCUCUCUCUCUCUCUCUCUCUCUCUCUCUCUCUCUCUCUCUAUCUCUCUAUCUCAAACACACACACACACAGAGAGCAUGAUAGUGCCCUGAGGGGUGGGUGGGGGUUUAUGUCUAGAUUAAGAGCAGCUUGAGACCCCAGGCAGGCCAGGAAAUGACGGGGUCAGAACAUAGUACUCUCUGGGAAGGGGGGGGGGGGGGGGGGGGGGGAGAAGAGAGGCAUUCUAUAGAGGGGAUGAAUACAAGCACGGGUCAGGGUCUGUCAAACUAGCAACAAGAACAAGAUCUCAGUCACAACCUACUUUCAGUAUAGAAGUGUGAUAGGGCUUCAGAACUAUUGCUUCUCAAGACAUCACACAAUAUAAAACACCUGCAGUCUAGUUUGUCACUUUGGUGACUAUGUCCUAGGUGACAUUGUCUUGUUGUUGACAGGUCAGAAGAUGGAGCGGCCUGAAUUGAAGUGACUUGCCACCAUAGGGAUUUUGUGAAGCAGCUGUCAUAUUCCAGUUAGCCAGGGUAGACGUCUGUGUAGCAGGGUUGUGCUACUUUACUGCUAAUAGAACCCAGUGGCAGGUGUUGACAGCCUCUGCAGCCAAUCAAAUCAUUCAUAGCAGAUGGUGAUGUUACUCUGAGCCAAUCAAAUUCUGUGUUGCAGAUGUGGACAAAAUUUGGAGCCAAUAGAAGUUUGAGUAGCAGGUGCAGACAGUUAUUUGAGCCAAUGGAAGUUUGAGUAGCAGAUGCGAAUGUUUCUCGAGAGCCAAUCAAAAUUGAAGGGGGCAGGUGUUUGUGUUAUUUAAAGCUAAUGGAAGUCUAAGUCGCAGAUGUUGCCCUCACUCAAUAGCCAAUAGGAAGAUGUGUUUCAGGUGUUGAUUGACAUUGCUAAUUCGUACAUGUGGGCUACAGUAUGCUAAAUUUAUCACAAGUUGUAUCCUUUGAGAUCCUAUAAAUAAAUUGAAUUUUCACCUUGUUUGGGGUGUGAUAGCGCUCUGUUUGACGUGUGUCUGUACAGAAUAGCUCUCAGUUCUUUGCUGUUAGCAUUGAAGUAUGUAAGCAUUGUUCCUAACAUAUCUGAAAUAUUUUCACAGCUUCCACCAUUGCUGACAAUGGAAGGAGAAGUUGCCUACGACUGAAGGUGUUCGUCAGACCAGCAAGUAAAUGUAUUUCUGAAAGAACAUGCGAUUCUCUAUUCUUUCAAUCUGUGGACUUUUAUUGCAUUAUGUGAAAGUUUUAAAUCAAUCUUGGGCUCGCUGUGAAUGUUCACGUCCCACUCUCUCCUUUUGUUGCAGACAAUUGUGUGAAAACUGUCAGUGUUCACGAUCGGGUCUUUGACGUCAAUGAGAAAGUGGACAAUUCCCUAGAACCAAGAGGUUUGUAUGACUCUAUAAAGUGUGUGUGUGUGUGUGUGUGUGUGUGAGUGUGUCUUUGGGUAUGUGCCUGCCUGCCUGCGCUUGUGUGUGUACCCAGGUAUGAAAAAUUAUAUUUCCUGAUACAGAAUUCCGAAGGGGCUCUUAUUCUCCCAUUCUACCAACGGAAUGGACAAAGCCACUACUCCAUUUCACACGUUCAUGUUUCAGUCGUUGCGCGUGAAUGAUGUCUCUUCUCCAGUGAUUCUUAUCUCCUUCUCCUCUUUCCUCUCCCCUCCAUCUAGAUGACACCAGCCACGAGUCAGCCGAGCCAUCCCGAGGUGACGUCAACUCCGUUGGCCGGGUUCAGACCGCCGGCCUGCUGGUGACCUCCUCCCUGCUUUUCUUGGCGGCCAUCUUGUCUUCAUAGCGCCCAGCCUGAAGGUUUUAGACAGAGCGGAGUGGACCGCCCUGACUGGACCACAGGCCCCCCACAACCCCCAAGGAGCACUUUUUAACAGACAGUCUCUCUCAGUGCAAGGGAGAGGAGAGACUUUUAAGUGGAAGUCCUUUUUAUAAACGUUGCUUUGGGGAGUUAAGAUGCCAAAAGCCUUUUUGACUCUCAUUUUGUCAUUUUACUUUCCUGUGAAUUUUGAUAUUUGAAGGCCAUGGUAUGCCAUUGAAUUUGCCCUCCACCCCCUCUCACACACUAACACAUACACACACAUGCUCUCUCUCUCUCCCUCCUCUGUAGCCACACCAAACAUUUUGCAAGAUUAAACAACGGAACAAAAACAUUUUCCAAACCCCCAAAUGACUUUGAUUGAGAAUAUGAUGAAGUCUUACAGCAAAUUACAAUUGAUAAUUUGAAGAAGGCUUGUGACUGAUCAGAUCAGCCAAUGGCAAUGAGGCCAAGGCAUACUGGCAAAUCAAAUGAGGACAAGGCAUGCUGGCCAAUCAACGGUGAAACAAGGAUCCAAAGCCAUGGUUGUUGCUCGGUGAAAUCCUGUUGUCAAGCGGAGGGGGCUCAGUUAUUUCCUUGCCUUUGAAGAGUCCAUUAGAAGUUCCUCUCAGGUGAUGGGGGUUGGAUUCAAUGACUCAGAAACUGGGGGAGGGCGUUUGAGAUUAACCGGAAAAAUGUUUAGUACUUUGUGUCCUUGUAGGGGAAUUAGUGAUCGAUUAAUGUAUUUUUGAAAUGAAUCAGAUAAUUCAAGUUUAGCAGCCAACAUGGGUGUAUAUUUGCGAGGAGCGUGGGAGUUGAUAUGGUAUUUUAUCAGGCAAAUGUAUUUUCCUAUUUAUUGUUGAGUCCAUGUGCUCUUUCCCUUUUCUGAUGCCUGUCCUGGUUCAGUCACUGUAACUACAGCAGAGAGAAGCCCAAAACAUCCCACCACUAAAAAGCAUCAGUCUCUCUUUUUGUUUAGGACAGAUAUACUAAUAUUUCAUUACUCAUACACAUUAAAUAUCUGGGCUUGGACUCAAAAUAUAAUAUAAUUGGAUUGUUUUUAUCAAGCAGAGUUCAGGGAAGAGGACAGAAAGUCGGAUGUUGUAUCAGGGUGUAGGAAUGUGAGUUAUAACUGCGAUCUUCUCUGUAACAGUAAACACUAACUAUAUGCUAACAACUCAGCCCAUAUUACGAUCCACUACUUCUUUUGCAAACAUUGUCAUAACCUUUACCAAACUACAAUUAUGUACAUAAACACAAAGUACAGGGAUGACAGCAUUCUGUAACUAAUACGAUUCGUUUCAAUUAUGUUUUUAGUAAUAUUCUUGGGUUCUUCCCCAAGCAAACAGCACACACUUUCAUUGAUAUUGAUAGGUUAGCGACCAUGCAGUGAUGAUCAACCCACACGUCCCCACAGUUCUCCUAAGGUUGUGGUAACGUUGUGGACAUAAGGUUCCUCUAUAGCAGCUGCAGCUCUGGUAUGAUUUAGCCGUGUCUUUGAUGUUGUGUAGAGCGGCGCCCAUGCAGACCACAUGCUGGGGGGCCAUGCGCUGGUUAUUUCUGGAAUGAAAAAAAAAUGACCACCAGGAGAGAGAGAGAGAGAGAGAAGAGAGAGAGAGAGAGAGAGAGAGGGAGAGAGAGAGAAGAGGAGAGAGAGAGAGAGAGAGAGAGAGAGAGAGAGAGAGAGAGAGAGAGAGAGAGAGAGAGAGAGAGAAGAGAGAGAGAGAGAGAGAGGGGUGUCCUGUUCAGCCCAGAGGUAACUUUACCACCAGAGGACCGGCGUGAGUGAUGAGGUGAGAGAGAGGCCCAGCUGAGAUCAAUAGAAAUUGGCUUCUCAAACACAGCAACACAAGGUAAAUAUUUCCCUCAGUCCCUUCACUCUCUUAUACACAGUCUAUUUAGUGUACUGACACUCACUCACCUCCUUUGUAAAGGUCGAAUGGACUAUCAGUGAGAAAUACAUUUAGCCUCUGCAGGCUGUCAUUGUGGGAUUCAGUUUGACCAAAUCUGUAGAUACGAAAAGUAAAAAUUCAUUGUCACUGACAUUCACUUCAGUCAACAUUGGGAAAUAAGGAUCAGCUUGUCUCAUGGAUACUGUGUAUCCAGCCGGAGUCUAAUAUAAAGUACAGUGUUAGAGCAGUGGUUCUCACACUUUUUUGAAGGACAACCAGAGUUAAGGGAGACAUUGGUGUUAUUGAGAAAAAAGGAAAUGUUUGAUAUAAAAAAAACUGUUGAUUUAAUUUUUAAAUGUCUUUUUGUAUGAGAAACAUGAUCAAUGUUACAGUCUGUAUCUGUAAAUUCUAAAUCCACGUGCAGUUAGCAUUUUGUGUAAGCUUCUCAAACAUGAACUCUGCAGUAUGUGUGUGUGUAUGUGGAGGUUGAAUUGCCCAAGUUAAGGGCUCUGCUAUUGGAAGUGCACUAUAUCCAUCCAUGCCCAUCCCAAGAACCAGACCACGCUCCUAUCGCCCUCCUCUUUUGACCAGACCUUUACUUAGUAGUAUUUUCAUCUUGAAUGUGGUUUAGGUGCCCAAUGUUUCGAGUUCUUGUACAUGCUUAGUUUGUCUGUGGUCUCUCCUAAUCUUCACUCCAAUGGUUUCAGAGGAAGCUUCAGUAGUCAGUAGCACCAUGUUGUUGUAUCUGAAUUCAGGAGAUGGAAUGUCAAUUUUUUUGUAACGCUUGUUGAGUGCUGAUUUUCUGUGCAUUUCACAAUGUCCGAAUCAGUUAACUGUAAUUUUAUAUUCAAACGUUGAUGUACAGUAUUAGAUGCAGUUUUGUUACAGGGUGAACAGUGAGUCUGAUAGGAGGAGCUCUUCACCUGAAUUUGGUACCUGUUACUGUAGCCAUUUAGCCUGAACCCGAUGUCACUGUGCCCUCCUAUGUACCCUGUCCUCUGUAUCUGUCUCUGUCCCCUGGCCUCUGUCCCUGUCUUCUGUCCUCUGGCCUCUGUCCCUGUCUUCUGUCCUCUGGCCUCUGUCCCUGUCUUCUGUCCCCCGGCCUCUUUGUCUCUGGCCUCUGUCCCUGUCUUCUGUCCCCUGGCCUCUUGUCUCUGGCCUCUGUCCAUGUCCUCUGUUCCCUGUCCUCUGCCCCCUGUCUCUUGGCCUCUGUCCCUGUCCAUGUACUCUGUCCCUGGCUUCUGUCCUUGUCCUCUUGUCCCAGCCCUAUUGUCCUCACUUCCCCAGACUGUUGUAACUCCUUUCUUGCUUCCUGGUCCUUAUCGCUUCACCAGAAUUUUCUGCAAAUGUAUUUCAUACGAAGGCCAUUAUUUGUAAAUACACAUGUUGGAGCAGCUAUGACUAACAAAAAAAAAAAAGAUUUAAUAAAAGUUAUUUGUCAUUGUCUCUCAAUUUUGUAAUGUCUUUUCAUUUUUAUGUAAAUUGAAUCACAGCUGCUUUGUCUAAUGGAUGGAAAAUUAAAUAGAGCCAAGCUUUUGUUCAUUGCUCUUUGACAAAAAUUGAAGAGAACUGUCAAUAAGCAGUACGUGUUAGGCAUCCAAAGUUGUUUAAUUACACGCCCUACUACUGAACAGCUGUCAUUCUAUUAUCUGAAGUUGAGUCACAACUUCAAACAAUCAUACUUGAACCUGCAAUGUGUUGAGUGAUUUCUUAGGAUCUCUGCCAAAAACUACUAGGCUUCUCUCUCAUGAUCCUUGUUUUCUCUGUGUGUCUAUCCCUCUCUCUCUCUCUCUCUCCUCUCUCUCUACUCUCUCUCUCUCUCUCUCUCUCUCUCUCUCUCUCUCUCUCUCUCUCUCUCUCUCUCUCUCUCUCUCUCUCUCUCUCUCUCUCUCUCUCUCUCUCUCUCUCUCUCUCCCCCCCUCUCUUUCUAAUGAGAGCAGACAGUGAUUUUGACACUGAAGCCCUUUGCCAAACAGCAGUGUUGUUCAUAUGCUGAUAUAUCUGCCAAUUACAAUGUAAGCGAGAGCUUUAGAGGCCUUAUCAGACAUUUAGGUUACAAUCUCACAGAGACUCUGGGAACCAAACACAACUAAAGGUCAAGAACAGAGUUCUCAACCAAGAGAGAAUCAUUAUAACGAUCAUGUGUUUUAUCUUCAACAACAAGACAGAAUUGGUGGAGAAAAAGCGCUGGUCUCAUUCAAGGCAGAUGAUCUGUGAAUCUGCUUGCAUUCUUUGACCUUCCUUCCUCUCCUUAUCCAGUGACACCUAA